AUGAUGGAAGGGCCGAACCGGGGUGGAUUUCGUGGUGGUGGCCGUGGUGGACCACCAGGGCUAAGAGGAAGAGGAGGAUUUGACAUGCGGGGCCGAGGCGGGCCUGGGAUGAGAGGACGCGGCGGGCCACCUCGCGGUGGACCUGGACCACGUGGAGGCCCUCGGGGUUUUAGGGGCAUGCCAAUGCGCGGUGGCGGCGGGGAUAGAGGUGGUCGUUUUCCACCAGGCCCGCAGGGUCCUGGACCCCAUCCAGUCCCUACUAUCGAAACAAGAGGCGGUCCACCGCAAAGAGGAGCAUUUAACAAUAGGGGUGGACCUGGUGGAAUGAGAGGACGAGGUGGCAGAGGUCGCGGGGACUUUGGACUACGAAAUGAUAGAGGUGGUGGUGGAAGGGGAAUGCCUAUGAGAGGUCGUGGUGGCAGAGUUGGUCCAGGAGCACCAUUAAAUGGACCACCAGAGGGGGACCACCUGUACCUCAUCAACCAAUUGGAUUGCAAUCAAGUCCUCAAGGUCCUCCAUAUAAGCGUGGUGGUGGACCUCCACACGGAGGAGGAGGACCACCAAAGAGAGGAAGGUUUGAUGGUCCACGUGGUGGAGGAAGUGCCAGGCCUCCAAUGCAAGGUGGAUAUCAAGCACCACCUGUCCAUAAUCCUCAGCAGGCUAAUGGUUAUGGUCCACCUUCGCAUACAGGUUACCAACCAUAUGAACAACCAUCUGUUGAACCAUUUUCACCACCAUCAUACAAUACAUCAAGUUCAUAUCAAAGUGGCAGCUAUUCAGCGCCAGCUCCAGCACAACCAACUUCUUAUUCAAGUGGUUAUGGAUCAAACUAUGGCUACUCUACGGGUGGACAAGGAAGUUAUGAGAAUAAUGGAUAUAGUGGCAAUACUGGAGCAGAUCUGGGGGGUGCAGGUGAUGCUGGUUAUGGAGUUGCAGAGCCCGCAUAUGGCGGCUCCGCUCCUUCAUAUGACUCAUAUGCACAACCUGCCUACACUUCCUACCAGCAACCCCAGCCACAAUAUUCCAACAGCUAUGGCAGUUGAAGCCAGUUGUAACAAGUGUGAGGAAACUGAGAUGCACAGAUAU